AUGGCUUCGUCGAUGAUUUUUACGGAUUGUUCUUCCUCCACGGCGUCGCCGCUCAUACAUUUCAACCGUCGCAGCAGCAACACUUUCCUCCUCCGUCAAUGCGUCGGCCAACUCCGACUACGGACCACCACUGCGCCUGGCCGUGGCUGCUCUCUCUCCAUUCGCUGCUCUUCCUCUCCGAAUCCUUCCAAUUCGGAUUCAGAGGCUUUAGCGAAGGUAAUUGAUGGAAAGGCUGUGGCAAAAACAGUUAGAGAUGAGAUUACAAUCGAAGUUUCGAGAAUGAAAGAAUCAAUCGGUGUGGUUCCUGGGUUAGCAGUAGUUCUUGUUGGGGAUCGAAAAGAUUCCGCAACUUAUGUGAGGAACAAGAAGAAAGCUUGUGAAUCUGUUGGAAUCAAAUCAUUCGAAGUUCGUCUCGGUGAAGAUUCAUCAGAAGAGGAAGUGUUGAAAUCUGUCUUAAGCUUCAAUGAUGAUCCUUCUGUCCAUGGAAUCCUUGUCCAGUUACCGCUACCAUCGCAUAUGGAUGAACAGAACAUAUUGAAUGCGGUUAGUAUAGAGAAAGAUGUUGACGGAUUUCACCCGCUAAAUAUUGGACGGCUUGCGAUGCGAGGAAGAGAACCAUUAUUCGUUCCGUGCACUCCAAAAGGAUGCAUCGAGUUGUUGCACAGAUACAACAUUGAGAUCAAAGGAAAGACAGCGGUUGUUAUCGGAAGAAGUAACAUUGUUGGUAUGCCAGCUGCUUUGUUACUGCAGAGGGAGGAUGCAACCGUUACCAUUAUCCAUUCAAGAACCAAGAAUCCUGAAGAAAUCACAAGGGAAGCUGACAUCAUAAUCUCAGCUGUUGGGCAACCGAACAUGGUUAGAGGAAGCUGGAUAAAACCAGGCGCAGUCCUCAUCGAUGUUGGGAUUAAUCCUGUUGAGGAUCUAAGUGCUCCCCGUGGAUAUCGAUUAGUUGGAGACAUUUGCUAUGAGGAGGCUUGCAAAGUUGCAUCAGCCAUCACGCCGGUUCCUGGUGGUGUAGGACCAAUGACCAUAGCCAUGCUUCUAUCCAACACUUUAACAUCAGCUAAGAGAAUUCACAACUUCCAGUGA